AUGGCAUCCUCCUCCUCCAACGUUGUCGGCGUUCACUACCGAGUUGGGAAGAAGAUUGGCGAGGGCUCUUUUGGUGUUAUUUUCGAGGGCACCAACCUCCUGAAUAACCAGCAAGUCGCCAUCAAAUUCGAGCCUCGCAAGAGCGACGCCCCCCAGCUUCGCGAUGAAUACCGAACAUACAAGAUUCUCGUCGGCUGCCCCGGCAUACCAAAUGUCUACUACUUCGGCCAGGAAGGUCUUCACAACAUCCUGGUAAUUGACCUUCUCGGACCGUCCUUGGAGGACCUCUUCGAUCACUGCGGACGCCGAUUUUCCAUCAAGACCGUUGUCAUGGUGGCCAAGCAAAUGCUUUCGAGGGUGCAAACAAUCCACGAAAAGAACUUGAUUUACCGCGACAUCAAGCCCGACAACUUCCUCAUUGGCCGCCCUGGCACCAAGGCCUCUAACGUCAUCCACGUAGUAGAUUUCGGCAUGGCCAAGCAAUACCGCGACCCCAAGACGAAGCAGCACAUUCCUUACAGAGAACGCAAAUCUCUGUCUGGUACUGCGCGUUACAUGAGUAUCAACACCCAUCUGGGCCGCGAGCAGUCACGAAGAGACGACUUGGAAGCAUUGGGUCACGUUUUCAUGUACUUCCUGCGGGGAGGUCUCCCCUGGCAGGGUCUCAAGGCUGCCACCAACAAGCAAAAGUAUGAGGAGAUAGGCAAGAAAAAGCAGACCACCGCGAUCAAGGACCUCUGCGACGGCUUCCCCGACGAGUUUGGCAAGUACUUGACCUACGUUCGCAACUUGGGCUUCGAGGAUACCCCUGACUACGACUACCUGCGUGAGCUCUUCACGCAGGCGCUCAAGGGUGUUAACGAAGUCGAGGACGGCGAGUAUGAUUGGAUGAAGGUGUCCAAGGAUUCGGGAAAGGGCUGGGACAACAAGGGGCACAGCAAUGCACAUCUGCACAACCCAAACGCGCGCCUCGGAGCGUCUCAAAUGGAGCUGCACAGCGGGAUUCGUCCCGGGAAUACCAACUCUCACCAGCAAGCACACAACCUUACUGUCGGCCGUUUAAACGCCGCGCAACCCCCACCUCCGUCACCGAUCAAGCAGACUGGGAAGCAGAGAGAUCGGCAAAACGCCCCAGGCGCUAUCCCAGCGCAACGGAGCAGCGCGAUGGGUCUCCGAGGCGACGCAGCAACACCGGCUGGCUCGACGCAAGCCCAGUUCCAGAACAGUGCUCAGAACUUGUCUCAGGGGAGGGGCCCGCAGCAAACUCAGGCUUCGCAGCCAACACAGGCUAGCGCUCGUCCGGCUGAGGCUCAGCCGCAACCCAGCGGAUUCCAGAAGUUGAUGAAGACAAUCUGCUGUGGUUAG